GCAAACUGUCGCCAAGCACAAAGAAGAAGAUCGUGAAAGCGACAUAUUUUUUUCUGUGAGCUAGUUUUAUGUCCAACACUGUGAAUACAUGAACUGAUAAUUCACAUUUAUUUGGAUUAUUUGGGCAAGCGACUCAGUCGGCAUCUUAACCGAAAAUAGAAUCAUCUCUUACUGCGCUCAGACAAGUCAAACAUGGCAGACAACUCAGAGCAAAUGGAAGCAAAGCAUGACAACUUGUCGUCACCUGGAAUGACCGACCAACACAAAGAAACGGCUGCCUGCGCAUAUGAAUCGUUCUUGGCUGGUAAGUACAACGAAGCUCUACGACACCUGGAAGCCUUGCAGGACCUGAACAAAGAGGACUACAAGAUUGCCCUGAAUAAAGCUGUUGUAGAGUUUUAUAAAAGCGGUCAGACUACCACAGGAACUCUGAAGCAAAGCCUAAUGGCGAUGAGGAACCAGGUUCACACCGCAACAGAAGACAGUGAUGGGCUGGAUGAUGUGGAAAAUAGUUUUUUGUACUACAACCAAGCCAUUGUCCACUAUCAUAUGCGUCAAUACUCUGAAGCCAUUUCCAUCGGAGAGAAGCUGUAUCAGUUUCUGGAACCGUUUGAAGAGAAGUUUUCCCAAGCCGUGUAUUUUCUGCUGGUGGAUUUGUACCUGCUCACCUUCCAGCCAGAGAAGGCUCUGCACCUGUUGGCUGUGCUGGAUAAAUUGUCUGUACAAGGAAGCAACAAGAACGGCAAAGGAGAGAACAACAGAAACGGGGGCAACCAGAAGGCGGAGUUCUCAGCCAUGAUUGAGGCAGCUAAAUCAAAGAUGCACCAGUACAAAGUGAGGGCCUACAUCCAGAUGAAAUCCUCCAAGGCAUGUAAAAGGGAGAUCAAGUCCGUGAUGAACACGGCAGGAAAUUCUACGCCCUCACUAUUCCUCAAGAGUAACUUUGAAUAUCUGAGAGGAAACUACCGGAAAGCAGUAAAGCUGCUCAACAGCUCAAACAUAGCUGAACACCCUGGACCCAUCAAGACAGGCGAAUGCAUGCGGUGUAUGUUCUGGAACAAUCUUGGCUGCAUCCACUUUGCAAUGGGGAAACAUAACCUCGGCAUUUUCUACUUCAAGAAGGCUUUACAAGAGAAUGACCACACGUGUGCACAGCUCGGAGACGGCGGUAAUGGGCAAGCCAAAAAAUUCACAGGUAUCCCCAUGUGUGCUCUCCUAGCCAACAAACGCUAUGAGCUUCUCUACAACUGCGGCAUCCAGUUGCUGCACAUUGGCAGGCCUCUGGCCGCCUUCGAGUGUCUGAUUGAGGCCGUGCAGGUUUACCAUUCCAACCCUCGACUGUGGCUGCGACUUGCAGAGUGUUGCAUCUCUGCUAAUAAGGGGGGUUCUGAACAGGAGAACAAAGGUUUGCCAUGUAAAAAAGGUAUAGUUCAGUCAAUUGUCGGGCAGGGUUACCAUCGCAAGAUUGUUUUGGCAUCCCAGUCCAUGCAGAACACUAUUUACAGUGAGGGCCAAUCAGCAGCCAUCCCGGUAGCCAGCAUGGAGUUUGCAGCCAUCUGCUUAAGGAAUGCUCUCUUGCUGUUGCCGGAACACCAACAGCCAGAUGCAAAGACAGAGAACAACUCCAAGAGUUCCAGUCAGUCAGGAAGCACUGAGAGUGGCAGCGAGAACAGUGACGCCUGCAGUGGUAAAGGUCAGGAAGCAGACAAGUUACUCUCAGCAGUGCCAUCGUCUCCUCUCAGGAAACAGGAAGUAGAAAACCUCAGGUGCUCCAUCUUGGCAUGCAGUGCCUAUGUUGCAUUAGCACUGGGAGAUAACCUGAUGGCUUUAAACCAUGCUGAGAAACUGCUCCAUCAAACCAAGCUGUCAGGAUCCCUCAAGUUCCUCGGUCACCUCUAUGCUGCUGAGGCCCUCAUGUCACUGGACAGGAUCUCUGACGCUAUCGUUCACCUCAACCCAGAGAACGUCACUGAUGUGUCGAUGGGGACCAUGACCAGUGAGCAAGACCCAGCAGGAUCUGAUAAAGGAGAUGAACUUGUUGAAUCCUCUGGGAAGCAAACCCCCCUCUGUUAUCCCAGCAGUGUGACAUCAGCUCGGGCCAUGAUGCUCUUCAACCUGGGCAGUGCCUACUGCUUACGCAGCGAAUAUGACAAAGCUCGCAAGUGCCUUCAUCAGGCUGCAUCCAUGGUGAACACCAAGGAGAUCCCUCAUGAAGCCAUCCUGUUGGGAGUCUACUUGGAGUUGCAAAACGGCAACACCCAGCUGGCCUUGCAGAUCAUCAAACGGAACCAACUGCUGCCCACAGUGACCCAGAGGUUGUCCCCGGACUCUCGCAAGAAAGCUGUGCAGCUGCCAUUAUCCUUCCCCCAAGUCCAGCGUAAAUGAGCCUCCUUUGACCCCGCUGACACUCUGAGCAGCCUUGAUAUUUAUUAAGCUUCUUCCCUCAGCACCAGAGCUGGUUUCAAAUGCAAAACUAACCACUGGCUGACUGCUGGGACGCAUGGUCACAUGUUCAUAGACUGAGGCUUCUUCAGGCCAUCGUUAUUUUUUAAGUCAUCUGUCUGAAUCACAAAAUAAAUUUUUAUUUACUUUGA